AUGAUCAAGAGGAAGGUGAACUUUUCCUCUCCUCUCACACAACAUUCAUCGCUGUUGUAGCAAUUGACUUUGGCACAACAUUUAGUGGGUUUGCAUUUGCGUUCAACAACAAAGAGGGAGCGAAAAGCAUUCACAUGAAUAAGGAAUGGGGAACAGAUCAAGGCUAUUCCACUAUGAAGACACCUACAUGUUUGUUGCUCAAUCCAGACAAGAGCUUCAAUUCGUUUGGCUACGAAGCCAAAGAUAAAUUUGCUGAUUUGGAGGAAGAGGAAGCUCGACAAUAUUAUUACUUUGAUAGCUUCAAAAUGAUUCUUCAUAACAAUGAGAGCUUGAAUAUAAACACCACUGUGGAGGCAGGAAAUGGCAAACACACGAAGGCCUUGGAUGUUUUUAAAUAUUCCAUACAUUAUCUUUACACGCGGGCUCUAGAGGUGAUUAAGGAGAGAACUGGAGACGAAGAUUUUGGAGGAAAUGAUGUGCAGUGGGUCUUGACCGUCCCAGCAAUAUGGAGACCAGCGGCAAAACAAUUCAUGAGAGAGGCAGCUUAUCAAGCAGGACUGGCACAUCCCUCGAACCCAGAGCAGAUACUUAUUGCGUUGGAGCCAGAAGCGGCCUCCAUCUACUGUAGAGAGCAAAAGCUGAGAGAGUUUGUUGCCGAGAGUGGCAGCAACGAUGCCUCAGUUGGAGACACCAUCGCCCAACCAGAAACACAGUACGUGGUAAUUGACAUUGGAGGCGGAACUCUCGAUGUGACUGUUCAUGAGCUUGUGGAAAACGGUGCCAUCCGAGAGCUUUACAAAGCCACAGGUGGUACAUUUGGAGGACAGAAUGUCAACACACAGUUCAGGAUCCUUCUUGAAACAAUUUUCUCCAAAUCCUUUAUUGAUAACUAUGCCCGUCACAAUCCGGUGGAUUGGCUCUGUCUCAUGAGUGAUUUCGAAGUAAAGAAACGCGGGAAGCGCAUCUGUGAAGGGGGGACAACAAGAAUUCGGUUGCCGGGUAGUUUCAUAAGUAAAUUUCCCAGCCAUAAAGGUUGGGAUAUUAACACAGCCAUUCAGCAGCAUUGCAGCCUGGACGAAAUCAAAGUCCUUCGUAACGAGUACCUCUGCCUUGAACCAGAGGUUAUGAGGCAGUUGUUCAACCCAGUCUUAGAUGACAUCAUUUCCCACCUGUCUAACCUUCUCGCCAAACCACAGAUGUCUAAGGUCAAGUUUGCAUUCCUUGUGGGCGGUUUUUCUGACUCGGCUGUCUUACAGGAAGGAAUAAAGGAGCACUUUGGCCGUGCUUACCGCAUUUUAAUACCACACUGCGCAUCCCUCGCAGUUGUCAAAGGUGCAGUGAUGUUUGGACAGAAACCUUACACUUUCGAGUCGAGGAUAAUGACAACGACCUAUGGCAUCCGUAUACAUAAGCUCUUCCUAGAUGGGUUACAUCCUGAAUCGAAAAAGGAAAUAAUAGCUGGAAUCCCACGUUGUAAAGAUGUGUUCUUCAAGUUUGUCAAAGUCAAUGAAGUAAUAAAAGUUGGAGAAAAGCGUCGAUUCACUGGUUUUGCGCCCUUAACAGGCGUAGAGAAACAAGUGAAGCUCGAUUUCUACCAAUCAGAAUGUCCAGAUGUAGAGUUUGUGACAGAUCCUGAGGUGCUCAAGGCCCCCGGUCGUGGAUUAGUGAUUGAAACACCGGAGGCAUGGAAAACGAAAGACAUUGAGAUACAUUUGCUCUUUGGUGGAACUGAGAUAAAGGUCACGGCUGUUAAUCGUACGAGCAACCGACAAUCCACGGUUUAUCUGGACUUUCUAGCCAGCAGUUAGUAAAUUCAAGAACUUUGCAACUGUUUGAAAGUGGUAAACACUUGCACAAAUUCGUGUCAGAGAGCGACUUCAGAAAUGAAGUCUUUAUGGCUUUAUCGGUGGCAACAGUGGUCCCUCCAAACUACCUGAAAAUUUCGCUCCGACGAAGGGCUAACG